GCCGAAUAGUCGUGUUUUCCUUCCGUUCCGUAAGGUUGCUGCUGUAGGGAGCUUUUGUGGAACCACCUGGAAUACAUUGCCAGCUGCAGUAGGAAACACAUAUCAAGUUGAACAAGCGGUGAAUUUUUGGUAACAUUAUAAUUAACUAUGGCUGCCGAACUGAAUGUCUUGUCGCCAAAUGUGCAUUAUAGUGACGAUUACAUCGAGGUGGAUUACCAGUAUCAGACCACGUCAGUUCUCAAGAAUGGAUCAGCUGGAUUCACGGUACGGCCCGAGACAACCGAGCUCAACAUUCGCACAGGUCGUCAUGUGCCUCGCCUGGGACUGAUGCUAGUCGGCUGGGGUGGAAACAAUGGAUCCACUCUGACGGCAGCCUUGGAAGCCAAUAAGCACGGUUUGGAAUGGAGAACUCGCACCGGCACACAAAAGGCCAACUGGUAUGGUUCGAUAACGCAAGCCUCUACGGUUCUGCUGGGAACAGAUUCCAGUGGCCAAGACGUUCAUAUUCCGAUGAAUAAACUGAUCCCAAUGGUCAGUCCAGAUAAUAUUGUAGUUGAUGGAUGGGACAUUAGCUCAAUGAACAUUGGCGAAGCUAUGGUUCGCGCCAAAGUGCUAGAAGUUCAAUUGCAGGAUCAGGUGUACAAGAAAUUAUCACAGCUUAAGCCUAGACCAUCGAUAUAUGAUCCAGACUUCAUAGCUGCUAACCAGGCAGAUCGCGCUGAUAACGUUAUUAGUGGCACUCGGUACGAGCAGUACGAACAAAUCGUCAAGGAUAUUCGUGAGUUUAAGCAAAGCACCAAUGUUGAAAAGGUGGUGAUUCUUUGGACUGCAAAUACCGAGCGUUUCGCGGAAGUCAAACCAGGAUUGAAUACUACGAUGGUCGAGUUGGAAAAAUCACUGAAAGAUAAUAAAACCGAGAUUUCUCCUUCGACAAUCUUUGCAAUGGCCGCGAUUAAUGAAGGUUGCAUCUACAUUAACGGAUCACCGCAAAAUACGUUUGUGCCGGGGGUAGUUGAACUUGCAGAGCACCGGAAAGCAUUCAUCGCUGGCGAUGAUUUCAAGUCCGGCCAAACGAAACUGAAAUCUGUACUUGUUGAUUUUCUUGUAUCGGCUGGCAUUAAGCCGGUUUCAAUUGUAAGCUACAAUCAUUUGGGCAACAAUGACGGAAAAAAUCUGUCUGCACCGCAGCAGUUUCGGUCGAAGGAAAUAUCGAAGAGCAAUGUCGUGGAUGACAUGGUGGCUUCCAACAAUAUUCUGUACAAGCCAGAGGAACAUCCAGAUCAUUGUGUGGUUAUCAAAUACGUACCGUACGUAGGGGACAGCAAGCGCGCUAUGGAUGAGUACACCAGCCAGAUUAUGCUCGGUGGACAUAAUACGCUGGUGAUUCACAAUACCUGUGAAGAUUCAUUGCUGGCGGCUCCACUUAUUCUAGAUUUGGCAAUACUGGGAGAACUUUGUUCACGUAUUCAAAUAAAAAAGAAAGCAGAGUCCAACGAAGGGUACACAUCGUUCCGCUCUGUUCUCUCGCUACUUAGCUACUUGUGCAAAGCACCGUUGGUCCCGGAAGGUACACCGGUGGUAAAUUCCCUCUUCCGCCAACGAACGGCAAUCGAAAAUAUCCUUCGUGCUUGCGUAGGAUUGCCACCGCUUAGCCAUAUGUCGUUGGAGCAUCGGUUUAAUCUGGAAGUCUCAUCCACUGAACCACCAAUGAAAAAAAGUAAGAUUUCGAACGGUGCUGUGAUUAACGGCACCUCUAACGGAGCAUCGAAUGGACAGGUUUAUACAAACGGCAACGGAGUUCACAGCGCUGUCGACUGCUGAAAACCUGCAGUAGAGUCCGAUUUUCGCGAUAAUGGGUAGGAUUCCUGGCAAUACUUAGACUGUUUGGAUUGGAUUGUCUUUCAGCAUUUUUGAUUGUUUGAUUUAGUAAGAAUGACUAGAUGUUAUACCAGACUAUAUUUUGAUACUUAUACAUAUUAUUCAAAUCUCCCUAGAUGUGAUUGUAAGAGAUUUACAUGUAAAAAAAGUGAAAAAAGUUUAUUGCCUACUUGUAGGCAUGUCAACGGAAUCAAUUGCUUUCCCGUACUUUUCAUCAGUACUAGUAGCCUAGAACUCAUCAUUGUUGUAUUAUAAAAAAAAUUGUUGCCAAAAUCGGAUUCAUAUACCAAUUAAAAUCAUAUAUGUGUGUAGUCAGCUGCAUCCUCGACCACCUUCUUGUUUUUAGACGGUCUUUUUGCUGGCAGCGGUGAAAUGUACUUAUUUACUAUGACAGGAGAAAUGAACUUUCAUUCUACAUAGAUUAAUCAAACUCGAAUUGAUCAUACCAAGGAAAGACAAAUUCUUUACAAUUUUAUUGCUGUUUACCAAUGUAGGUACAAACACUCUUUGUAACCCACUUAGCGAGACCACAGAAGUAGUCAUGUUUACUGGAACAGAUGUCAGAAGAAAAUUGCUGUGCUAUACGAAAUAAAAUUAGUGCUAUU